AUUCAGUAAAUUAAUUAGUAUCCUUCCUUAUAAAAACAGCACAAAAUUUAUUCUCCUCUCUUUGCUUUUCUAAUCAGCUCUACUCUUUUGUGAAGGUUUUCCCACUAGAUGUUGGAUUGUGACUGGAGGUAUUUGUGUUCAUUCUGCUACAAGAGCGUUAGUGAGAUCAGACACUGAUUUCGGGACCGGAUCAUCGCCAUGCUGGGACAGGUUUCGGCCUUUUAGAUCCGUAGAAGACAUAUUAUACUACAAAUAUACUUACUUCGUGCUGCUCCUAGUGUUUAAGAUACUGGACUACCGUUCGGAAGGUGGUGAGUUUGAUUCCCACAUCCACCAGGCUGCUACUGUUGGGCCCCUAGGCAAUGCCCAUAACCCUCAGUUGCUCAGUUGUAUAAAAAUGAGAUAUAAAUGUAAGUUGCUCAGGAUAUAAGGGCAUCUGCUAAAUGCUGUAAAUGUAAAUAUCAGUGUGGUGGUAAGGGGUGCAAAUACUUUUAGACAUAUAGGAUAUCUUGGUACUUGCUUUGUUUAAAUGUUGGACUGUUAUAAGGAAACACAAUUUACAAUCGCUAAAGCAUUAUAUCUAGUUAGAUGAUUAUACAUAACAGAAAUUAUUAUGAGAUGUACCUAACUAAAUUAUUGUUUAAUAUUGUUUAUUAUAGUGAAGAAAUUAUUACUAAAUCAUUUUAGUUAUUAGCCUAGCCAUGGCGAUUCACUCCAGACCGGUAGGUGGCGGUAAUGCAGCGUAGAGCAUCUUUACCGUACGCCGUUUAGUCCGUAAAGAAGAACAAGAAGCCAACAGGAAGAAUAGAGUAGAAAACACGACUUUAUUUGUCACAUCUCAUCACAGUACAGUGAAUAUAUUUCUUCGUAAAUACGGACUUUGGAGGCUGUGUUCAGAGCGCAGGGUCAGCAGCGAUACAGCAGCACUGAAAAAGAAGCAGAAAAACAGUAGCGUUUUAAGGCGACCCUGGAUUAUGCGAUCUAUAUGUCAUGUCCUGGUGAUUACUGUGUGUGUCUAUGACAUGUUUGUCUGCUGUGUCUCGCGACAGCUCAGCGAAAGCGGUGGAUUAUAAAGAUCCUGUUUCCGGAAGUUCUAAAAAAUAGACAAAACAUCACCUUGAAAAGAUAUUAUGAUUUUUAAAAAAAGUAUAGAAUGUUUAUCUUAUGAUUUAUGACGGUUUUUACCGGACACACGUGAGCUUAUAUGUCAGAAACCCGUCCAAAGAUGUUCGGCUUUUCUCGGCUUUCUGCCGAAGGGAAAGUGGGCGUGGCUACAGGGGUCGUGUUCUUCUCCAUGCUCGUAUCCCGAACCGUGCUGUCGGAGCGCGUGGACUUAAGGACGCGCGCGCGCUUGUUUCGGGUGCAGUUUGUGUUGUUAAUCAGCUCUUUGCUGCUUCUCGGCUCCAUCUAUAUUUGGAAGCGCGUGGUGACGCGUCUAUGCGGCGCGAGACCACCGGACACCGCGGCCGCUGCCUGGGCGCACAGAUGUUGGCGCGCGGUGGUGCUGAUGUUCCUCGUGCUCGCACAUUGCAGCUACCUGUGCAUGUUCUACCUGGUGGACACGGAACCGCACUGGCUGUCCAUGCUGUGCUUCAGCUGCCUCGGUGUUUACGUCAUCCUGCUGUUCCUCCUCAUGUUGUUUGGUUUGUCAAGCCGCAUAAUCCAGAUGUUCUCCAAGGGUUCUUCGGUGGUGGUGGUGGUGGUGAGCAGCUCAGCCAGACAAACGGUUCUUGCUUUAGUGAUGACUGCGCUGUUGGCGGUGUACGGGCUGUUAAACGCCGCACAGCCACCACAAUUGGUGGAGGUCGAGGUUCCUCUGGAGAAAUUGCCAGCUUCGAUGGAUGGCCUCAAGGUGGUUCUGCUUUCAGAUAUCCAUUUAGGGCCAACAGUCGGGCACUCACAACUUCAGCGCAUUGUCACCAUGGUCAAUCAGCUAGAACCAGAUGUGGUGGUGAUUGUAGGUGAUUUGACCGACUCUCAGGUGACUCGUUUGAGGACGGCGGCAGAACCGCUGGCUCUCCUCAGACCUCGACUCGGCUCAUACUUUGUAUCAGGGAACCAUGAGUACUACACCGCUGAUGUGGACGGUUGGUUCGAGUUUUUGCGCUCGAAGGGAAUAGAACCUCUACACAACAGCCAUGCUCGUGUGUUCAGACCCGGACAAACGCAGGACUGGUUCUGUCUCGCUGGAAUCGAUGACCUGGAAGCUAGUAUGCUGCGGUAUCCUGGUCACGGGAUGGAUGUUGAGAAAGCUCUGAGUGGUUGCAGCGAAGAUCGUCCGAUCGUCCUCCUGGCUCAUCAACCUCACGCUGCUAAACAAGCACUCCAGCAAAGACCAGAUAUCAACUUAGUGCUGUCAGGUCAUACUCACGCUGGUCAGCUCUUCCCUCUCACUGUUCUGGCGUUCCUGAUGAAUCCGUACUUCUGUGGACUUUACCGCGUCUCGGAAAACACUAUGAUCUACGUUACUCCUGGAACGGUUUAUUACGGCAUUCCAAUGAGAAUCGGCAGCCGCGCAGAGAUCACACAGAUCACGCUGAAAUCACACUGAGUGUACACACACACACACACACAUACACACACACACACUCACACACAUACGUUUGAAUGUAUGCUAGAAAAAGCCACUUUUUUUAGCUAAUUGGUUUAAAGGUUGUUUGUGUCAUAACCCAUAAUAUGAUGAAUAAGAAUAAUUUGUUGUCUCUUAUCAUUGCAUCAUUCACACUCUCUAAUGAGUUCAAUACAUUCACACCUGUGAGCAACAAAGCUACACAGUGCCAUGAUUUCAGUGACAAAACAACACUUUUUCUUAAUUCUAUGCAAAUUAGGUUUGACACGCUAAGGAAGCGUCAAAUACGAUUGAUUCCUCGGACCGAAUCCUAGCGGCUCGGUGGAGGGUUCGAUUCUGAGCUCGGGUUAUUGUCCGCAUUCUCCUGGUGUCUGUGUUUGUGUCAGUUUUCUCCCAGCUCCAAAAACAAUUGUAGGUGGAUUUAUGAAGUUAAACUCCCCAUAUGAAUAAAUGUGUGCGUGAAUUCCCAGCUCACACACAACUUUCCCAGGAUAACCCUGGAUCCUCUGUGGCCUGGACUAGAAUGAAGGGUUUACUGAGAAUAAAUGAAUGACUAGAAAUUUUUAUUUUGUCACAAAUACAUUACAUUCUUCACAUAUCCCACCCUUUGGAGUUUGGGAUCAGAGCACAGGGUCAGCCAUGAUACAGCACCUCUGGAGCAGUGAGAGUUAAGGGCCUUUCUUAAGGGCCCAACAUCGGCAGCCGAUCCUCCGAUCAACAACCCAGAGCCUUAACCACUUGAGCUCGACUACUUGUCUCUUACAUAAAGUCCUUUACUUUAGCUAAAGAAAUGAACAAUAACAUUCUUGUAAUUCAUGUUAGAAUAAAUCCAGACCAUAUGAUUGUCUCCUGUCAGUUACUGAAGCUAUGUUGACUACAAAAAGUGCAUCUGAUAUCACACACAGACCUCAGCUUGAGUCAGGGUUUCUAGAAUAUAGUUCGGAUUAUUUAAUUGCCAUUCAUAUGAUAUAUGUAUUGUUUAUUAUUGCUGUUUAAUUAAAUAACAUUCACGUGA